AUGGCUAAUGUUAAACCGAUUUGGGAGGAUGUCGCAAACUGGUUGCUAGCUAGACGAUCAUGGAAGAAAGUAAAUAGCAUUGUGGAUCGGCUGACGAUUUCUCAAGAAAAUCUAGGGUUUCUGUUACAAAGCAUUCUCGGUAAAAUGUCAUCGGAGAAUAAAUCCGUCGGUGAAUCACACUGUUUGUCACUCAGUUUCAUAGAAGAUUUGAAUCCAUCCAAAGAUAUGUGGACUAUCAAGUGUCGAAUCAUCCGCAAAUGGAUUCAGCCCUUUCGGAUGGAUCUCGUGUUGAUCGAUGAGAAGGGUCGUAAAAUUCAAGCAGGUAUUAAGGCUCCAUUGAUACCUGUGUUUAUCUCUCAACUCCAUGAGGAUGAGGUUGUUAUUCUAUCCAGAUUUGGUGUUGGAGAAAACAAUGAUACCUACAAAGUUGUUAAUCAUGGUUACAAGAUUAACUUUUACCGUUGUACGGUUGUUACACGUGCCAGUGGUUGGGAAGGGGUUGAUUAUGGAUUUAACUUCAUGGCACAUUCAGAAAUUCUUAAAGGAGAGGGAAAGAAUCUGGUCACUGUUGAUGUUGCUGGAAUUGUUGUGUCGUGUGGAGAUAUGGAAGUCUUUCCGAAUGAAAGAAAAAGGAUGAACUUUGAUCUUCAAGAUGUGCAGGGAGAAGUAGUUCGUUGUACUUUGUGGAAUGGAUAUGCACAACAAUUUAAUGAUUUCUUGACGCAAAACAAUCCGAUUGAGAAUGUCAUGGUUGUCAUUCAGCAUGCGAAGAUUAAGCUGUGGCAGGGACAAUAUACCGUUCAGAAUGAUAAGUUUGGAACUCGACUGUUUCUCAACAAAGAAAUUCAUGAGGUUAAUGAACUUCGUAGGAGGCUUUUAGUGAAACACUUUGAAGCUGGUGCUUCUUCUUCUCAAACCAUUCUUUCAUCUCAGAGUGUAUUUCCAGUCCGUCAAGAAUUUCUAAUUGAUACUCCUAAGAAACAUGUUGAUGAAAUAAUUGAGAUUGAAAGCGUAAUGUCAUGUGUGGUAGUUGCAACGAUCAAAAUUGUUCAAGAAAACUAUGGGUGGUUUUAUCCGGCAUGUCGAAACUGUAACAAGAAGGUGUUGACUAAAACUGAAUACUUACAAUAUGCUAAAAUCAUUUCUGAUGAGGUCAUGAAUCUGUCUCCUACUUCAUUGGUUUGUCCGAAAUGCGAUAAAGAAUGUACAUCGAUAACCAUUAAGUUCAAGGUACAUUUGAGAGUCCAAGAUGAAACCGGUAGUAUCUCUUUCGUGAUGUUUGAUAAAGAUGUAACGAAGCUCAUUGGUUCAACUGCGAGUGAUAUAAGGGAACGCCAAGUGAAGGCCAAUGAUACUGAGAGUUUUCCACAUGAAAUAUCUCGGUUGGUUGAAAAAAAGUUGGCUUUUAAAAUUGAAGUUUCUGAUUACAACCUUAACCAUGACUAUCAUGUUUACACUAUCCAAAAAUUAUGUGAUGAUCCGGACAUACUUGCUGAGUUGGUUGCUGGUAAUGGUAAUGGUCUUGAGGUUGUUGAUGAGGUGUUUAGUCAAGAAGGUUCAGAAAUCAAAGUUGAGAGAUUAUCUGAGUCCUCACAGAUGGCUGGUGCUGCUAUUUCAAAGGAUGUUGUAUCUGUUACCGCCGACUCUUCUGUUGUCGAAGCCGAGAAGGAUUCGGGCACCAGUCCGAAUGGUAAACGUUCGUUGCAGGAUGUGGAAGUUAUGGAGAAUAAUAAGAAUUUUAUAGCAAGAGAUAGAAAGUGUUUUCCACAAUGCAGUACCCAAAUAUCCAAAGAGUCAAGGAGGAUAAGAAAGUCUAUUCUGAAUAAGCGUAGAAACAGUGGUGUGUCUCACUCUCUACAGACAUCUCCUAUUAUUCAUACACUUCCGGCCAAUGUUCUUAUUACUACAAACGAUAAUGGAGGACAAUUGGAAAAUGCUAAUUAUGGUGUGCAUGAGUCUAGAAAGAGGAAACAAAGAUUGAAAAUUAUUGAAGGUGAUGAAAGGAGGACAACUUCAAUGGUUACACCACCUGCAUCAUCCAAUCAUCAUAUUCAGAGCAGUCCUUUAAUGAAUAUUACAAACUUAAGUUCCCGUGGAAGUCAUAUUCCAACUCCUCCGAAUAUUGAUAUUAGAACUUCUCGACGUUUGCCAAAGUGUUCGGUAGUAGGUACUAAUGGAAAAGAAAACUCUUACCCUGGUGAAAGCUCUAACUGUGAUGAUUCCAGUUCUUCUGAUCGUUUACCAUCUUCUGUUGUAAAAAACAUUUCCGGAAUUGCAAGAGAGUACGUUGAUCAUGGAGAUGCUAUUUUUACAUGUUCUUACUGUCAUGCAAUGCUUUGGAAAGAUGAAAUGCUUAGGGGGAAUUUGGAUUCUAAGAAAUCGGCUUUUUCUCUUUGUUGUUCGAACGGAGACGUUGAAUUACCGCCCUCACCUGAUCCUCCUCCAUUUCUUGAAAAACUUUACAGAAGAAGUUCGUCUGAAAGCCGCAAUUUCAUGAAUAAUAUUCGAGCAUAUAACAUGAUGUUUUCCUUCACAUCUCUUGGUGGCAAGGUUUCUAAAAGUUUUCAAAAAAGCAGAGGUCCUUAUGUUUUUGGAUUACAAGGACAAAAUUACCAUCGCAUUGGUACUCUGCUACCAAAUGAGGGUGAAGAGCCCAAAUUUUCACAGCUUUAUAUUUAUGAUUCCCAAAACGAGGAUUUUAAUCGUCAAAAGGCUGUAAGUGUCAAGGAAGGUUCCAAAACAACUACAAAACAACUCCUUGAUCUUUCCAUCAUAUCCAGUGUUAAAAAAAAGUUAGAUUCUUGUAAUCCACUUGUGAAGUCAUUUAGAAUGGUACGAGAUUGUUUUAAAGAAAAUGAGUGGCAAGAUAUAAGACUCAAGCUCAUUGGAACAAGGGAUAAGGAUGGUAGAACUUUUAACUUGCCUACAUCUGAAGAAAUUGUUGCAUUAAUAAUUGGUGAUUUUGAUGGAGCCUUUGAUAAAAGAGAUAUCAUAGUCCAAACAAGAUCAGGCGGUCUUCAGAGAAUUAGUGAGCUUCAUCCCUCUUAUCUUGCAUUGCAAUAUCCACUUAUUUUCCCAUAUGCAGAAGAUGGAUUUAGACUUGGUAUUAAACAUCGAGAAUCUGCACGGUUAGCUUACAUAAAGACACAACAACCCAAACUUAGAAGUCAGACCUUUAAGAAUUUAAAUCAAAGUGUUCAAAGUGGAGAAAGCGAUGCGUCAAACUGUGGAAAACGAAUUUUGUUGCCUUCAUCAUUUACCGGCGGAUCGAGAUAUAUGAUGCAAAAGUACCUAGAUGCUAUGGCAAUCUGCAAAGCUGUAGGAUAUCCAGAUCUCUUCAUAACAGUCACCUGUAAUCCCAAUUGGCUUGAGAUUUAUAGAUGUUUAAAAGACAAACUGCUGAAUCCUCAAGACAGACCGGAUAUUAUCUCACGUGUAUUCAAAAUUAAAAUCAAUCACCUAAUUCAAGAUUUCAAGAAACAUAAAUUCUUUGGUGAGAUACAAGCAAUUAUUUAUACAAUCGAGUUUCAGAAACGUGGCCUACCUCAUGCUCAUAUAUGUUUGUUCUUAAGUGCCAAGAACAAGUUUCCAACUGCUAAAGAAAUUGAUUUGGCUAUUAGUGCUGAAAUACCUGACAAAGAGACGGAUUCUGAACUGUAUGAACUUGUCAAACAGUUUAUGAUGCACGGUCCGUGUGGAUCCAUCAAAUAUUUGUUCAAAUACAUUAAUAAGGGUCCAGAUAGAGUGACAACUUCUGUUUACCAAAGUACGACAACUGCUGGCAAGAACAAGGAAAAUGAGGAAAUGACCAAUAAUCAAAAUCCGUCAAACAAAACAGAAGUAGAUGAAGUUAAAGCAUAUCUUGAUUGUAGAUAUGUUUUAGCAUGUGAAGCUGCUUGGAGAAUCUUCAAGUUUGACAUACACUAUCGACUUCCAUCUAUUGAAAUAUUGCCUUUUCAUUGCGAAGAUGGUCAGGCUAUUGUUUAUGACAAUAAUUCAAACUUGUGUGACGUGGUUAGUAACCCAACUGUGAAAAUGUCUAUGUUUACAGAAUGGAUGAAAUGUAACCAAAUGGAUGCAUUCGCUAGAACAUUGAAGUAUAUAGAGUUUCUAAGACACUUUGUAUGGAUACGUAAAGAACGAAAGUGGAUUCGUAGAAAAAGACCUUUUGGUGCCGUUGGUAGGAUACAUUAUGUACCUCCAUCACUUGGUGAUUGUUAUUUCUUGAGAAUUUUAUUGAAUCACGUUAUAGGACCAAUGAGUUUCGAUGAUAUAAAAACAGUUGAUGGAAAAAUUUAUCCUACCUUUAAAGAUGCGUGCCUCGCUCGCGGUCUGUUGGAUGAUGAUAAUGAGUAUAUAAUUGCCAUGGAGGAAGCAAGCACAUGGUCCACUUCUGAUUUCUUGCGUACAUUUUUUGUAAUGCUGUUGAUGUCAAAUUCCAUUUCUAGGCCUGGUCAUUUCUGGAGACAAACAAAAUCUCUGUUGUGUGAAGAUAUAUUAUACCAGCAACGGAAGGUUACUGGUAUUUCUGAUUUGGUUCUUCCAGAGGAAGAGAUUGAAAACAUUUGCCUAUCACAUAUUGAAAAAUUGUUACUUGCUUAUGGAAGUACGUUAAGCUGCUUUUCAGACAUGCCGAAUGUUCCUGGGAACUACAUUUCAGCAUUGAACAAUCAAAUGAUAAUGAAAGAACUUUCCUAUGAUCGGAGUAGCUUAAAAAAGGAACUUGCAUCUUUCUUAAAAUCUUUAACUGAUGAACAGCACAAAGUGUAUCAAACUGUCAUGAAUGCAGUUGCUAAAGGAAAUGGAGGUGUUUUUUUUCUAUAUGGUUACGGUGGAAUUGGGAAAACAUUUCUAUGGAAAACAUUUGCAGCUGCGUUACGCUCCAAGGGUGAAAUUGUUUUGAAUGUUGCAUCCAGUGGUAUUGCAUCACUCCUAUUAGAUGGCGGUAGAACAGCUCAUUCCAGAUUUGUUAUUCCGAUAAACGUUAACGAGGAUUCUAUAUGUUCUAUAGAACCGAACAGUGAGCUAGGAGGCUUAAUAAAAGAAACUAAGAUGAUAAUUUGGGAUGAAGCGCCAAUGACACAUAAGCAUUGUUUUGAAGCUUUGGAUAGAACAAUGAGAGAUAUAGUCCGUUCCAAUAAUUCGUCCUUGCAGUCCAAGCCUUUUGGCGGAAAGAUAGUCCUUUUUGGCGGUGAUUUUAGACAAAUCCUUCCGGUCAUUCCAAAAGGUACUAGAAGCAUGAUUGUAAAUUCUUCAUUGAAUUUUUCUUAUAUAUGGCAUGAUUGUCAAUUACUCAAACUAACUCAAAACAUGAGGUUAAGAGUCGGUACAAAAGCAAGUAAUCUUCAGGAGAUCAAGGAAUUUGCUGAAUGGAUUUUACGCCUUGGUGAUGGUCUACUUGGUGAUCCAAAUGAUGGAGAGAUGGAGAUUGAAAUUCCAGAUGAUCUACUUAUAUUAGAUGAAGUCAAUCCUAUAUCUUCAUUGAUCUCAUUCACAUAUCCGGAUAUGCAAAACUUUAUGUGGGAUUCAAAUUACUUUCAACAAAGAGCCAUUCUUGCUCCCACAAAUGAUGUUGUUGAUUCAAUAAACACAGAACUGUUAAAUAGUGUCGUUGGUCAAGAGAAGAUAUAUCUAAGUGCGGAUUCUUUAUGUGAUACUGAACAACAUUCCGACCUUGACAUGGCAUUGUUUCCUCCGGAUGUGCUAAACAAAAUGCAUUUGUCAGGAUUACCUAACCAUAAAUUGGUUCUUAAGGUUGGAGCUCCGGUAAUGUUACUUAGAAACAUUGAUCAAACAAAUGGUUUGUGUAACGGUACACGGCUUCAAGUAACAAAACUUGGAAAACUUGUAAUUGAAGCAAAGAUUAUUACCGGAACUAAUAUAGGUCACCAUACUUUGAUUUCAAGAUUGAAAAUGACACCAAGUGAUAAAAGAUUACCAGUGAAAAUUGCUCGAAGACAGUUCCCACUAUCCCUGUGCUUUGCAAUGACCAUCAACAAAAGCCAGGGACAAUCACUUGAACGUGUAGGACUAUAUCUUCCACAUCCGGUUUUUAGUCACGGGCAACUAUACGUAGCUGUAUCUCGAGUAAAGAGCAGGAGUGGUUUGAAGAUUUUGAUAUGUGACAGCGAAAAACAAGUAUCUAAAACCACAACUAAUGUGGUCUACAAAGAAGUUCUACAAAAUCUGUAG